AACAGGGGAGAGGGAGAGGGGGAGAGAGAUGGGGAAGGAGGCGCUGGACUACGUGCUGGUGCCUCUGGGGCUGGUGCUGAUGCUGGGAUACCACGGGUGGCUUCUCCUCCGUAUCCAGCGUCGCCCGGCGACCACCGUCAUCGGUGUCAACGCCAUCAACCGCCGCAUCUGGGUCCGCCACAUCAUGGAGGAGCCGUCCGGGAAGCACGCGGUGCUGGCGGUGCAGACGAUCCGGAACAACAUCAUGGCGUCGACGCUGCUGGCGUCCACGGCCAUCACACUCAGCUCGCUCAUCGCCGUGCUCAUGUCCGGCGGCGGCGGGGGAGGGCCAGGAGCUGGCGGCGGGGGCCUCCUCCCGGACGCGCCGCUGGUGGUGGGCGCCACGGGGGAGGCGGCUCUGUCGGCCAAGUUCUUCGCCAUCCUCGUCUGCUUCCUGGUGGCCUUCCUCCUCAACGUGCAGUCGAUCCGGUACUACAGCCACACCAGCACCCUGGUGAACGUCCCGAUCCGAGCACACCGCCUCCGCCGCCCGGGCCUUGCCGUGGACUACGUCACCGGCACGCUCAAUCGCGGCAGCUACUUCUGGUCGCUUGGCGUCCGGGCAUUCUACUUCUCCUGCCCGGUCUUCCUCUGGCUCUUCGGGCCCAUCCCCAUGUUCGCCGCCUGCGUCGUCAUGGUCUGCGUGCUCUAUUUCCUCGACGUGUGCGAGGACUGGGAGGAAGAAGAGGGCGUGAGUGGUGGUGAUGAGACGUCGGAACGAGGGAAGGAUGUAGGAGACACGCAAGUUUAGGUAGGUGGCUAGCUGGAAAUGCAAACUGAAGAAAUUAAUGGGCAGUCAGGUAAACUGGUUAUAGAUGGCUAGUGUCCUUUAUAAAUUACUCCCUCCGUCUCAUAAUGUAAACGUCUAGCAUUAUGGGACAGAGAGAGUAUAAGAUAACUAAUGAUAAUUUGAUGAGUUCGAAUUGUCACUUAAGAAAUUAAAAAAUUUGGCGUCUGAUU